AUGUCAGAUACUAUAUCAGAUGAAAAGAAAUCCCAAAUCUUACAACAAGAAUAUAACAGAUCACAAGAAAUAAUAACAGAAUUGGAAUCACAAUUAGGUACAAUUACUUCACAAUUACAAGAACAUCUUAUAGUUGAACAAUCAUUAACUUCAAUUCCACCAGAAAAUAGAACUAAUCGUAAAUGUUUUAAAAUGAUAGGUGGAGUAUUAGUUGAAAAAUCAAUUGAUGAAGUUAUUAAAAUCUUGGCUGGUGAAAUUAAUCAAUUAAAAACAGAACGUGAAAAAUUAGAUAAAGAAUUGAUUGAAAGUAGAAAGAAAUUAGAAAGUUGGAUAACUAAUAAUAAAAUUAAAAUCGUCAAGGGUUAA